UCGCACUCUGCACCUUCUUCCCCAAAGACUCGUCUUUUUGCCUCUUCAGGGAAGAUUUACGCACUGAUGGAGGGCUGCACCACCAGCGGACUGUGGUUGUUCGUCUUGUUACUAGGAUGUAGGCGACUCUCUGCAUUCAGUUUUGACACAGAAAAAGUCCUGCAGAGAAAUGGAGACCCGGGGAGCCUGUUUGGCUUUUCUCUCGCAAUGCACCAACAAGUUAGACCAGAGGACAAGAGAAUACUGCUGGUUGGAGCGCCACGAGCCAAAGCGCUGAAUAAUCAGAAAUCUAAUGUGACAGGAGGACUCUACAAGUGUGAAAUCAGCCCCAACCCCAGUGAUUGCCAAAGAGUUAUGUUUGAUAAUGAUGAAAAUUUGUCGACCGAAAUAAAAGAAAAUCAGUGGAUGGGGGUGUCGGUCAGAAGUCAAGGGCCAGGAGGCAAAAUUAUAACGUGUGCCCAUCGGUACCAGGACUUGAAUUAUCAAACCAGAAACAUCGUCGGCCGCUGCUAUGUGCUAAGCCAAGAUGUAACUCUUAAAAAAUCAGUAGAAGAUGGAGUGGAAGAUGGAGGCAGCUGGCAUUUUUGUCAAUAUCGGAACCCAGGCCAUCAGCGGUUUGGCUCCUGCCAGCAGGGCAUCUCUGUUGCAUUCGACCUGGAACACCGCUAUUUCAUCUUUGGAGCUCCAGGAGCUUAUAACUGGAAAGGCUUGGUGCACAUGGAGCAAAGGAACGAUUCUCUUUCUCUCCUGGGUUUAUAUAACGAGGUGGCAAUGGAAACGGGAGGUGAGCAGGCGAGAAAAGCCAGUGACGUCCCUACUCCUGACAGCAGCUACUUGGGUUUCUCCUUGGCUGUUGGACAAGCUUUGACCAACAAGGGUCAGCUGACGGUGGUGGCAGGAGCUCCCAGAGCUUACUACAGUGGAGCGGUGGUUCUGCUAAAGAAAGGCUCUAAGGAUCGCGGAGACAUGCUAGAGGAGUUCACCCUUAAAGGGGAGGGCCUGGCUUCCUCCUUUGGAUACGAUCUGACUGUACUGGACCUCAAUGGGGACGGCUGGGAUGACAUAGUUGUUGGAGCCCCUCAGUACUUUGAGAAGGACUCGGAAAUUGGAGGAGCUGUCUACGUUUACAUCAACCAGGCUGGAAAGUGGGACCAAGUUGAACCAAAAAGAAUAGAUGGACUUGCGGAUUCUAUGUUUGGCCUUGCCGUGGAAAACCUUGGCGAUAUCAACCAGGAUAAAUACCAUGAUUUUGCAGUAGGAGCUCCUUAUGAAGACAACGGGGCAGGAAAGGUCCACAUUUUCCAUGGAUCAGCCACAGAAGGAUUCAGAAAAAAAGCCACACAGGUUUUGUCCAGCAAGUCGGGAGUGAGGCAGUUUGGCUAUUCAUUAGCAGGCAACAUGGACCUGGACAAGAACUCGUAUCCCGACCUGGCUGUUGGAUCCCUCUCAGACUCUGUCUUCAUCUAUAAAACCCGACCAGUUGUUAGCAUCGAGAAGAAAAUCACUAUUACGCCAAAAAAAAUUGACCUCACCAAGAAGAACUGUCCUGAAGGCGUCUGCCUGAAAGUUGAAGCAUGCUUCAGCUACACUGCUGGCGCACAGAGCUCUUCUGCCCCGCUGGCGAUGAAGUACAAUUUUGAAGUGGAUGCUGAUCGCACGAAAGACAAUCUUGAGCCCAGGGGGACAUUUAAAGAUGAGGAAAAUCUCUCUACCGGGCUCAUUACCAUGGAUGCAAAAGAGCCACAAAAAUGUAUCACUCGUACUCUUGUCGUUAAGGACAAUAUUAAGGACAAGCUACGUGGGCUCCCCAUCGACGUUUCUGUGAACAUCCAGAAUGCUAAACGUAAGCGCAGACAGGCCCAAGACGCUCAACUUGCACCUGUCCUGGAUCCCAAAGACGCAGAACCAUUUCGAUCAAACGUGGCAUUUUUGAAGGAUGGAUGUGGCGACGAUGACGUGUGCACUAGCAACCUGAUGCUAAAACGUUAUCGCUAUGUCUACAAGGACGGAGCUGACUUUCAUUCUUUUGAAAUGGAAAAUGGAGUACCAGUGAUCUCGCUAAGUGGCCAAAAAAGCGCUGCCCUGGAAGUGACAGUGGCCAAUCCAAAGGGAGAAGAUGCAUAUGAAGCUUUUGUGGUUGCUAACUUCCCCAGAUCUGUGACCUACGCUAGAUACGACCUUAAAGCUGGACAAGUCUCCUGCAACCCAAACCUAAAUGGAUCUAAGGUCGACUGUGAAGUUGGGAACCCUUUGAAACGUGACUCAGAGACAACUUUCUACAUCCUGUUCGAUAUCACCAACACGACCGAAGUGGAAAUUGAGCUCAAGUUAAAAACGACAAGCACGCAGCAGAAUCUGAUGAAUGUGAAAGCAAAGGCCCAGGUGGCCAUCAGACUCAUUUUGUCCCUAUCAGGGCAAGUUGAACCAUCUCAGGUCUACUACAAUGGAGACGCCAAAGGAGUGACGGACGUUAAGACUGAAAGUGACAUUGGCAGUGCCAUCAAAUACUGGUUCACUAUAAUCAACCGAGGAAAGCGACUGAAAGACAUUGGACAAGUCACCCUCCACAUAGACUGGCCAAAGAUGACAGACAAAGACAAUCAUCUGCUCUACCUGAUGACGAUCAACUCCACAGGACUGAAGAACAUACAGUGCUCUCCCAAAGAGGAGAUCAACCAACUUGGAAAGGUGAGGAAAAAGAAAUCGGUUAACAGAAAAAGAAGAGACAUUACCCAAGGAAUCAAUGGGACAAUUUCAUUCUACACUGGAGAAAAGAAGCAGGAGACUUUGUCGUGUGGCGGUGGAGCGAAAUGUGUGACCAUGAAAUGCCUCCUGGAGGACCUGGACGACAAAGUGACCAUCACUCUGAACUCUCGCCUGUGGAAUAACACUUUCGUAGAGGAAUAUUCAGACUUAAAUUAUGUGGAUGUGAUGGUGAGCGCGUCGCUACAUGUUAACAGCUCCACUAAAAUAAUACUGGAGGAGGGUGCUGAGACCCAGGUGAGGUUGUCCGUGUUUCCAGAGAGACGUUCGGCUCGGUUCGGAGGAGUGGCAUGGUGGAUCAUUUUUCUGUCCAUCCUGAUGCUCCUGCUGUUGCUGGCCCUGCUGGCUUUCCUUCUUUGGAAGUGUGGAGUCUUUAAGAAAAAUAAGGAUAAUCCAUCAGACACAGAGAAGCUGACAUCAAACGCAUAAAACGUCAGAGGGCGCCGAAGAUGGAAAUACAUCAUUUUCCAAAUGUUACCAAACACAGCCACGUUUACAACACUGGAUCAGAUGAAAGAAAAACCUUUGAGAAAAAAAAAUGCGUGGAUAACGUCACACGACAAGAAUUUAUAAUGUAUAUAAGGUCAUAUUUUUGGUGGGUCUUUUUUUUUUGUACAUUGAGAGAAGAAAAUUUGGAAAUACAAUGUAAUUUCUAAAAUGAAAGUGUUGAGGAUCAAAUAUGAAAAGCGGUUGUUGGGUUGUGGGAGGGCUUUUAAAUUAAAUUUCUGAGAAACACGAUACUGCAUCAGAGCCAAAAGCAACAGGUUCUCAUGUGGUGCAGAUAGCACUUAGUUUGACAGUUGUAAAGAAAAGUUUUUAUAUUUUUAAAGGAAUUUCUUCUGCUCUUGCAAAGACUAUUUUCAAGCAAAUAAUCAUGAAGUGUAAAUACUCAUGAUAAAACCAAAAUGGAACCUUUCCCCAGCAUACAGUUUGUAUUACCAGAUCACAAUUUUGUAUUCUCCACACCAGUGCAGACGACAUUUUGCCAUAGUUUCUAUUUCUAGACAGAGUUGUGUAUGUGUUGCCAUACAGAAAACCUUUGUCUAAUACACAGCUGCCAGAUAUGUCGAGUUCAAAUGAAUGUUGUUUUUUUUUAAUACUUUUGAAUAAAAUGUUAAUUUUC